AGAAAAUCUCAUUCUCAAAGUCUCCAGCUAUUCGCAUUUCGUCUUCCUCCACCCGAUAUAUGCUUUCAGUCAACCCGGUCAGAAUCAGACUGUAAUAUUCUAUUUAUUUGGACUGCUUACUUGGUCCCUUCACUUCCAGGACCUUGAUCUACGAGUUAUUUCGUUUUUUCUUUCGUUCUCGGGGUGCAUCCAUAUAAAUACAGUCUAUAACUCAAGGACCUCUUUCGAAUUAUUCAAAAUAAUGUCACGAUACAGCAGGCGGGACAGCGGCAGCAGCAGCAGCAGCAGUGCUAGUAGCAGCAAGCCCGUCGGCAAUGGUCGGUAUAAAAUUGCUGAUCCAGAUUGUGAGGUGUGCCAGGGGACUGGCUUAGCCCUUGACUAUGGAAUUUGCGAUGAUUGCAUGGGGACAGGCAAUAACAUUGCUUAUCACGAACUGACGUGCACCGUGUGCAAUGGGAGUGGUAAGGUUGUAACUGGUGAAGAUCGGUGCGGUUGCCUCAACUGAUGCAAGCGAACGUUAAAUUUGAAACAUCCGUCUCAGGUGUGGUCUUCAAGCUGGACGGUGGUAUGAUGGGUUAUGGAUGAAUAUCUACGUGUGUACACCUGUAUUUCGCUCUUGUAUCCAUUGUUUGAAUGUGUUUAGUUUCCUAUUAAGUGACCCUGAAAUUGAGAUUGAGAGUUUUGAUUUCCGAUUGAUAUUGAAAUAGUGUUAUUUAUUUGUCGAAACUCGUGCUACAGAUGAAUAGAAUGCUUUGAAGCGGCC